CCAGCCGUGGACCCAGAAAAAAGUAGCAUGCCAAAUCUGGGCGCGACAACGACGCACCGCAAACCACCGAUCUCUGUCCGUCACCGAAUAUGUCGCAAUCCAAGGCCAUCACAAAGGCCGCUGACGGUGGAAUUGUCCCCGUGGACCCUGAGCAGACUCUCAAGGCUUGCCGGGCUCUCGUUGCUCACAUUAAGAAAGCCGCAGCAUCACGGCCCGCCAACGGGAAGCAGAAUCUGCUUGCCGAUGAAGAGUCCGCGGUCGCCGAGACGCCCGUCUGGCUCACCGUUACAACAAAGAAGCAUAUUCACGACUCGCACCGCCUUCAACCAGGGAAAAUUGUCCUUCCCAACCCUCUGAAUACAAACGAAGAAACGAGCAUUUGCUUAAUAACCGCUGAUCCGCAGCGGUGGUACAAGAAUGCUGUCGCGGACGAAUUCCCAGAAGAGCUGAGGGCCAAAAUCGGCAGGGUUAUCGACAUCAGCCACCUACGGGCCAAGUUUAAGGCGUACGAGGCCCAGCGAAAGCUCUUUAGCGAGCACGAUGUCUUCCUCGCCGACGACAGGAUCAUCAACCGUCUGCCGAAGGCCCUCGGCAAGACCUUCUACAAGACUACCACAAAACGGCCAGUGCCGGUCGUGCUGAUGGCGCAACGAGAGAAGGUCGACGGCAAGCGAGUGGCAGCCCCCAAAGGGAAGAAGCAGAAGCGUGACCCGGCCGAGAACGUCAAUGCGCGGCCUAUUCCCGAAAUUGUCACCGAGGUGCAGAGAGCUGUCGGUGCGGCGCUGGUCCACCUCAGCCCAUCAAACAACACGGCGAUCAAGGUCGGCUAUGCGAGCUGGGAACCGGAGAAGCUGGCACAGAACAUUGAUACAGUGGUGCGCGAACUAGUUGAGCGGUUUGUCCCGCAAAAGUGGCAAAACGUACGCAACAUCUACGUCAAGGGACCCGAGACGGCCGCCCUGCCAAUCUACCAAACAGACGAGUUGUGGCUGGACGAUUCAAAGGUCGUCCCUGACGGGCAGGAAGUCCCAAGCGCACUGCCUGGUAGGAAAGGCGCGGAAAAGCCCAACAUUGGCAAGAAGCGCAAAUCACUGGAUGGGGACGCCCAACCGGCCGCGGAAGAACAGGCGAAGGAGGAGCGGCCGAAGAAGAAGGCGAAAAAGGCGCUGCCGGAAAGCAAUGACGAUAAGCUUGAUAAGGAGAUUGCUGAGCGUAAAGCGAAGCUGAAAAAGCAAAAGGCUGCGGCGAAGAAGGCGGUUGACGUGUGAGGAAUCCUGGAGUGCCAGCGUCGGUCACGGUACUAGUAUUGUGUUUAUAUCGCCGGCUGAGUCUGGGUUUGGCAUCAUUGCUCGGAGUUUUGGAGUCACGCGAGAAAAUAGAAAGGUAGUGAAUCGGACGAUAUCCUCUUACGUCCCAGGUUGCUAUUGUACAUCCAUAGGCAGGCACCUUUGUUAAGUCUCUGGCCGGGUACAGUACCUCGAGGGGCGCGGUCGCACAGAUUAUAUCGUGAGAGCCUCAAGGUGUAAGUGUACUGUAUAUAUGUACAUACAAUACAUCCUGCGCAGAACAAUACUGUGAUG